UAUUGGAUUAGUAGACAAGUAGACUACGAACGGACGGGAGGGAAGUCUUAUAUAGAUUUCAGUGCUAGCAGUGGCAGCAAAAAUUCAAGAGAUCUUGCCACGCUAGCUUUGAUCGUUGAUUGUGCUUGA